ACUCCGGAUGCUGUAAACACUGCGUUUCCGUCAAAUUUUUCUUUUCUUGCAAAUAUUUCUUUGAUUCCUUUUAUGCGCCUCCUUUUCUAUCUCUGCAAUGAACAAAAGACUCAUCCCUGGUUGAAGAUGUUGCGGAAAAAUUUCUGUGGAAAGUGUGCACAAACCUAGAGCAAAACUCGGUGGGCCUGGGGAAGUGAGCGAGUUGCUGUGCAUGUGAUCGUGUUCUCGGUGACACGAGAGGAUUGGUCCCGUUAUCAUGGCAGGUCGGUCUUCUAACCAGCCCCGGCGGAGAAAGCGAACCCAGCCGCCCGUUUACUGUGGGGUCGACGGUACCUACGAGGACAAAGAUAGCGACUUCGUCUGCCCCAUCUGUUUUGACACGAUAGAAGAAGCCCACAUGACACGCUGUGGUCAUACUUUCUGUUACAAAUGUAUCAAGCAGAGCUUGGAGCAGGCAAACCGCUGUCCAAAGUGUAACUUUGUGGUGGAGAGUGCAGAAGACAUCUUUCCAAACUUUACAUUAAAUGAACUCAUAAUGAAAUCCAGGGAAAAACUAAACGACAAACGAAUCAGAGUUGAGCAACAGAAUGGCCCGUCCCAUAACUCUGAAAUGAAGCAAUUGAUCUUAGAAGACAACCUGGAUCUCUCUCAUGUCAAUCAGAUGUUAGAGCUCCUGGUGGCCAAGAAACAACAACUGGAGGCUGACUCCAGAGCUGUACAGAUGCAGAUUUUAAAAGAUUUUCUCCAACAGGUCCGAGUGAAAAAGAAAGAGCAAUUAGACAGGUUAAAAGAAGAAGUUAAUCAGAUUGAAGAUGAUAUAGACAGGGUUGAGACUGUUCAAAGAGAGCAUUGUGGAAAAUUCCCGGUGUGUAAUAAUAUACAAUCGCCCAUGGUAAAUGGCUUAGACAGGACGUCUCCCUCCACCAGUGAUGGCUCCAGUCAGGACGGGUUUAACGGCAGUAAGAGUGUGAGUACUCAGACUGGUAAGCCCUGGCUACAGACAAUGGCAGCACGGAGGAAGAAAGUCAGCCAGCACUUUGAAGACUUAGAGCAGUGUUACCUUACAACACGAAAAGAGGGGCCAGCAGAAGAGGGCCAGCCUGAUGGGUUUGAGAGGUUUACAGAAAGUCUAUCCAAGUUCACCCGCUUUAGCAACUUCCGACCGUUAGCAACUCUCAGUUACGCUAGUGAUAUUUAUAAUGGCUCUAGUAUUGUUUCCAGUAUUGAGUUCGACAGAGACUGUGAUUAUUUUGCUAUAGCAGGAGUUACGAAAAAAAUAAAGGUAUUUGAAUAUGAUACAGUGAUAAAAGACGCUGUAGACAUCCAUUAUCCAGCCAAUGAGAUGGUGUGUAACUCGAAAAUAAGCUGUGUGACAUGGAGCGCGUAUCACAAAGGUUUACUGGCCAGUUCAGACUACGAGGGAACGGUCACACUUUGGGAUGCUUUCACAGGCACAAAAUCAAGAUUAUUUCAGGAACACGAAAAACGAUGUUGGAGCGUCGACUUCAACAGAAUGGAUCCUAAAUUAUUAGCCUCAGGUUCAGACGAUGCUAAGGUCAAACUGUGGUCGUCCAAUACAGAGCACUCUGUGGCAUGUCUAGAAGCCAAGGCUAAUGUGUGCUGUGUGAAGUUUAACCCUGAAAGUCGUUAUCACCUCUCGUUUGGCUCGGCAGAUCACUGUGUGCAUUAUUAUGACCUGCGCAACCCCAAACAGCCGCUGAUGGUGUUUCGGGGACACAGGAAGGCCGUGUCAUACGUCAAGUUUGUUAAUGCUGAAGAGAUGGUGUCUGCAUCUACAGACAGCCAGCUGAAACUGUGGCACAUGAGUCGGCCUAACUGUGUGAGGACAUUCAAGGGGCAUGCCAACGAGAAGAACUUUGUGGGGCUGGCCACGGAUGGGGAUUACAUAGCCUGUGGCAGUGAAAAUAAUUCCCUGUACGUGUUCUAUAAAGGCUUAACCAAGCACCUGCUGGCCUACAAAUUUGACACUGUCAGGAGUGUGCUCGAGAAAGACAAAAAGGAAGAAGAUGCCAAUGAAUUUGUUAGUGCUGUUGCCUGGCGACCAGGCUCUAAUGUUGUUGUGGCUGCCAACAGUCAGGGCACCGUCAAGGUUCUGGAGCUCGUUUGACAGGAGGUUCGUGCUGGUCCUUUGUUUUCACUUGGUGAUUCCUAGUUGUCUGCCUCUGAUGAGAAUUUCUCAGGUGACUUCAGAGACUAACACAAGCAAUGACACGCUCUGGGCUGAAGCUUGUCCAUAUUCCCUGGCAGCACCUAUAACAUGUUGACAUACAUAUCCAGAUUUAUUGUAUAUCAGUGCUGAAGAUGUCAGACAGAUCGCUACAACUGCUCCUACUCCAAACACACAGCUAUAUUUAUAUGGCACACCAUGCUAGUGUCAGUAACAGAGCAGUCCCCAUGAAAUUCUGCACCUGUGAAACACGAGACAUCUUGAGGCUACACGAUGAAAAGCGUUCACAGUCAAGCCAGAUUCAUCCAGGCUAACUUUAGUCCCUGAGAGAUCGGCGGAUUUUUUCACGUGAACAGAAACAAUAUUGAUCUGAGAUCUAUUUCAUAGCCUCUGUAGGCUUUGAUACUCAGCUGGGAUGUGGCAAAGUUGAACACAGUUAAACUGCACCAGUUAAACUUCAUUACUCUUUUGAUGGAGAUCUGUCACGCGGAAAGAGAAGCCGAGGAAAUGUGACAGUAGCUUGUGCUUCAUACUUGAUCUAGUACCCUAAUUCCUCAACCUGUUCGCUUGUGAAAGAGCAACUGUCAGUGCAAUUUAUGCCCGUUUUUAAUUUGAUUUUGGAGACUAACUUACAUUGGUUGGAUUGGCCAAUUUCCGGGCUUCACAAAAAGAAAAAAAUUUAACAUUGUACACAGAAUAAUGACCUCUGAACUUUGCUUGAAUAAACACCUUGUCAACAUGCGGAAACAUUGAAGAGUUACGGUGUUUCAGAUCACAAAAUUUUCCCAAGUGUGCACAGAGGCAAGUCCAAGACAUCCAGUUAUACGGUAGCGUCAUACACCAAACUGCCCUCUUAAAAUUGUCUUGAGGAACCUUCAACACUUGACAGAUAUUUUGUUAUUGACUCGAUUUCUUCUACAUUAGGAAAACAGGACGAGACUGAAUGAAAGUUACCUCCCCUGAAAAAGGAUAUUUGCUGAGGAUAAAUCCCUUGAAAACCUGGUGAUCAACUGGCUUUAUUUUAUUUUCAGUUUUGCUCUACCUCUGCUACUGUUGUUGGAGUGCAAGUCUCAUUGGAUAAGUGUGUCUUUAUGAACUUUAUUUUCACUAUGGUCAAUGAAACUUGUUUGAGCACCUAUGCUGUGUCAUAAUUUUGUGUGCGGACUGCUUGUUGAUCAAGCUGAUUUUCUUCGGGAGCUCAUGUGAUGAGUGAGCAACACUCUGAAGGUUUCCAAGAAGAAUUAUUUCUUGCACAUUGUCUAGCUCCUGUGAUGUCUGCCACUGACAGAAGCACAACUCAGUGAGCCAAUAACAGACCAUGUGACGUAGACAUUUGGUUUUUAAUUAACAGCCAGGCAAACAUUCUGUAUUAGACGCCGUGAUUAUUUCAUAUUUAGUUGCGUAUCUCCUGUGGAGAGACAAGUUUAACUCUACCUCCCUGUCCAUUUUUAAGUCCGAACCAAAGUGAACAAGAUAGCCACAAAAUGUGGUGAAUUGUUUCAGAUGAAAAUGUUAUGAUUAUCAUUUAAAUAUAUAUGAAUAUGUAUAUCUGGUGUUGAAUGUAAAUAUUUCUGUUGACAGUUUUUGACAAGCUAAUCAUAUGUACAGUCAGAAUGAUUGGCAGCCGUUGAUUUUCUUGUGGGCGGAGUUUAUAACCACAGAGUCUAAUAAUACUGUGUACAUAGAUACCUAUGAAAUAUCAUAUCUACAGGCCAGUGUGUGGGGGAAAGGAGCAUGGUUGCGUGUGAUUGUGUGUGUAUGUGACAAUGCCGUAUAGUUUUAUCAAGAACUUGACAGCCAGCGUUAAUAACACAUGCCUCACUGCUCCAUUUUUCUCAUCUUGUUUUUCUGUAUAAUGUAUUUCAUUUGUCCAUAAACUACACAAAUUGAACAAAUGUUUUUUUUUGUCCUUUUCGAAAUAGAACCUUUUGUGAACAUUAAAGUGUAACUACUGGUGUUCAGAGUCAUUCUCAGUGCCCUGACAAUGUAUUGUUAAAGUGUUUAGUUUUAGUUUCUCUCCAAAAUUGGUUUGUGAGAUUAAUCGUGUGGAAACAGCGUCCAGUAUUGCAGAAAUUUUCUUCAACAUGACUGCAUAGCUGUGGCUGGUUUAGAAUGUAGAAUGUGUGUGUAU